UCGCAAUUCAGCUCAAUUCGCCUCUCCCACUGGAAAAAUCAGACAUUUUGAGAGAGUAUCACAAGUAUAAAUUCCUUCUACCGCGCAUACAGCUCGAAACAACACCUCGAGAAUUUACAGCAGAUUUCCUUCCGCCGUGUAGUGAAGAUGGACACUCAAUCCGAUGCGAGGAAAGUUGCUGCUGAGAAGACAGAGCAAGCGCAGGCCGUCGGGUCUGGGAUAGCAGCGACCAUUCAAGACAACGCGACGUAUGCUUGGGAUCAGACGAAGCAGGCAGCCGCCACCUCCACGCAAUUUGUGCAAGACAAGGCUGCCCUGGCUGCGCAGUAUGGACAGCAAGCGUGGGACGCCACGAAGCAAACGGCCGUGAGCUCGGGCACUACUGCGCAAGAGAAAGCUGUGCAAGCCAAGGACUUCGCGGUGGAGAAGGUCGUGCAGGGCAAGGACUUCACUGUCCAAAAGACCGAGGCUGCAGGCAAAUACACCUCCGAUACAGGUGUAGCCGCCACGGACGCCACUACAGGAUUUCUUUCGCAGACAUUUCAAGCUGUGAAGGGAACUGCUUUGGGCGUGAAGGACGCUGUCGUCGGCACUGGAACCAAAAAGCCAACUCAAUAGCGAGGUCUCGGACGGACUUAUUGAUUCUUCUUGUACCUUCGUGAGACUUGACAUGUGUAGUUAGAUUCCCAGCCCGGCAAAGUUAGCACUGUGGUUGAGGAGGAAGCUCUUCGUUGAAAUUCUGUCCAUUAUUCGCGUGUAUGAAAGUAUACUGCUCACAUAGCGUAUACGCCCUGUAAAUCUACGGAAGCUGUUGUACCUUUCUUAUAAAAGACUUUCUUCUCGAACAGUUCUAAACGA